AUGAAACGAAAAAGUCGUUCUUUAUCACAUAGGCGCCAUAGGAAUCGAUCUCUUACUCCUAGGCGAGAUUCUUCAACUCCAAGACGUUACAAAAGGCCAAGGAGCAGGAGUAGGAGCCCUUCUCUAUCUCCUGACAAAAGAUCUCCCGCCACAACUGUUGGGUCUGCAGAACCUAAAAGAGUAGAGGAAGAGAAGAAAAGGCGUCAAAGGGAAGCAGAGGAACUGAAGCUAAUAGAGGAAGAACUUUGA